GGCAAAGUCGAGUAUCUGGUGAAGUGGAAAGGAUGGCCCCCAAAGUACAGCACGUGGGAGCCGGAGGAGCACAUCCUGGACCCCCGUCUCGUCAUGGCCUACGAAGAGAAGGAGGAGAGAGACCGAGCGUCGGGGUAUAGGAAGAGAGGUCCGAAACCCAAGCGGCUUCUGCUGCAGCGGCUGUACGGCAUGGACCUGCGGAGCUCCCACAAGGCCAAGGGCAAGGAGAAGCUGUGCUUCUCCCUGACGCGCCCGCUCGGCAGCGGGAGCCCCGAGGGGGUGGUCAAGGCGGGGGCGCCCGAGCUGGUGGACAAGGGCCCCUUGGUGCCCACCCUGCCCUUCCCGCUCCGCAAGCCUCGCAAGGCCCACAAGUACCUGCGGCUCUCGCGCAAGAAGUUCCCGCCCCGCGGGCCCAGCCUGGAGAGCCACAGCCAUCGACGGGAGCUCUUCCUGCAGGAGUCAGCGCCCCCAGACGCCCUGCAGGCGGCCGGCGAGUGGGAGCCCACAGAGCAGCCCCCCGAGGAGGAGGAUGCAGACGCGGCCGACGGGCCCCCUCCCUGGACACCCGCGCUCCCCCAGAGUGAGGUGACCGUGACCGACAUCACCGCCAACUCCAUCACCGUCACCUUCCGAGAGGCCCAGGCGGCUGAGGGCUUCUUCCGAGACCGCAGCGGGAAGUUCUGAGUCUCCACGUCUGCUCUUCUUAAACUGUUUGCUUCUGGGCUUGGGGUGGGCACUCCCAGAGCUGGGGAGGGGUCCCGGGAGGGGUCAUUAUUUUAUUUAAACAAAUACCAAGCAGAAGGAGGAGUGAAGUUGCCAGCGCCCUCCACCACCCUGGCCUUCCUCCGUGGGGGCCGAGCACAGGGAGGCCUCUGGCCAGGGCUGGGGAGGCCAGCAGCGCUCUGUCUCCGGUGCCGUCUCCUGGACAGGAGGGGACGGGGGACGGCCACCCGGCUCCGUUGUCAUCUCUAGAGGCGCACCAGCUGGUUCUAGAAGCUGGAGGAGCUGGAAGGCCCAGGUCCCCUCCCUUGAGCAGCCCUCCCCUCUUGGGUUGACCCCCCUACACCUUUUUUUUUUUUUUUUUUUUUAGCCUGGGUCUUUGUUGCAAACUUUCCCUCCAAAGCCGAGGUCUUGGAGGCCGGCUUGAGCGCAGGGCUGGGGCAGGGGAAGGACGGGAGGAAGGGUUUCUCCGCCCCCCAGGGAGCAGCUGCCAGCCAGGCCCCUCUGAGCGCUCCCCUUCCCCCGCCACCGGCCGUGCACGCGCCCAGCACGCAGCCCACUGCACAGGUGCGCACACACUGCCCUCCCUGGCUGCGUUCACAGUGCCUGUGACCGUGGGGUCUGCAGCCGUGUCCGCGUGCCCGCGUGGCUGUGGCUGUCUGCAGACGUGUCUAUGUGACCAUGGUAUCUGUAUCCAUAUCUAUGUGUCCACGUGACCGUGGUAUCUGCAGCCGUGUCCACAUGACCAUGGCUGUCUGCAGAUGUGUCCGCGUGUCCAUGUGACCAUGACUGUCUGCAGAUGUGUCCAUGUGUCCACGUGACCGUGGUGUCUGCAGCCGUGUCCACGUGUCCGCGUGACCGAGGUGAGCAGCCGUGUCCAAUGGGCCUUGCAAACCUCGCUGAGUAACCCUGACUAGGUGAAUGUGAGGCAAAGCACAGCACAAGGAAACUUGCCGCAGCCCCCACUGCCCGCCCCGCACGCACACUCCUGCCGGGCCCUCCCAGCGCCCUUCGCUUGCAGGGUCAGCAGAGGCCGGGCUUGGCCCCAGGAGGGUCCGAUCCUCCUCCCUGGUUCUUGUUCCUUCUCACUCAGGUGACUUCACAGCCCCCACUGUUUGCUCUGCACCCCCCCAUCCCUGCCCCCAGGCCACUCUGCAUGUGGGCGUGGCUGUGGUGGUCUGGGGGAGGAACGUCCCGCCACUUCUCAGGGCAGCCUCACUCCAGAAUCCCUCCUCCUCCGCUCUGUCCUCUCUGGCCGAGCUCGCUGUCCCCUGGGGCGCGGGCUGUGCUGGGUGGUGGGUGAGGCCAGGCCAGGGCUGUGUCUGCCAGGCAGUGGGCGCAGAGGCUCCAGGCCGGUAGCUGUCAGCCAGCGAGGGUGGCUUCUGGGGAGGGGAUAGGAGAGCGGGGAGGAGGCCGGCCCCCACCUUGCACUGCUGUCAGCUUGAGGCCAGGGGCCCUGGAGGCCGCCUGCCCCUCUGCACCCCCAGCUCAGCUAUGACUGCGAGGCAGGGACGCCCCCCUUCCCACACCAAAGCUCCCUGGGAGGCUGUCAGCCAGGUCAGUUCCGUGCUUCCACUGGGGGUAAUCCCUUCUGGGGUGACCUCAUUCAGCCCUGGCCCCGGGAAUGGAGUCCGGGGGAAUCGCUACCCACCCCGCCGAGGGUCCCUGGGGAGGGAAGGGGGCUCUUCCUGCGCAGGGGCUCUCGGUAGGGGUGGGGGUCGCGGGGUUGCUCCAGUUGGCCGUGUUGGCCCGUGGCUGUGGGAUGUGGCGGCAGUCUGUCCCCGUUCCUGGGACACACGCUGCGUCCUGCUCCCUGGGCAUUCGGCCCUGCUGUUGCGCAGGCCAGCACCGUGGCCGCAGCAGCGGAACUUCUCUCUUUGGAGCCCUGUGGCCCAGGGAAGCUGGACGCCGGGACGCGGCCCUGAGAGGCCCAGCUCUGGCUGCCCUGGGGCUCAUGGCCAGUCAUGAGCCAGCUGCUUGGCAGGCAGGGCUGGCGGCCAUCGGGACCUUCUCCAGCCCGGGGCAGGUGACCCCUGCAGGGGGUUGGGUGUGGCCAGGGAGUGUCCCAACAGGGGCCAGGUGAGAGCAGGCCAGGGGGACGGUGCCCGCCCACUCCCACCUGAAGCCCCCCAGACGGCCAGUACUCGGGGUGGGGGUCUUGGAAGGCGUGCAGCCCCUGCCUUGGUUUCCCCGGCCCACCCCACUCUGAAUGUAGAGACCCGUGGGUGUUUCCCUCUUGCCGUGGGGCUGGGAACCGGGGCCCCUGGCUGGCGCUGGGAUGAUCCCCGUUGCCAACGUCUGCUCGUCCCUUGCUCCGGGGGACAGCGCCAGGCUCCUGUCCAGUGGUCUGGCCUUUGCUUUACACGCGCGAGUGGCCGCCGGGUCUCAGCGCAGGAGUUGCUUCCUUUGCACAGAAUGGGCGGAGCUUUGUUCAGACUCAAUGAAUGUACCGGGGCGGGCGGGCGGGCGGACGGGCGGGGCGGCCCGGCACAGCUCUCGGGUGACGCGCUGGGCGGCAGAGCGGGUGCACAGUGCGCUUCUAUUUUUGUACUGAUGUUGGUAAGAGACUGUAUAGCAUCUAUUUAUUUAGAUGAUUUAUCUGGUAAAUGAGGCAAAAUUAUUAAACACACAGUAAAGAUGAUUUUAAAAAGCU